UCCCACCAUGUUCUUGCCUCUCAUACACAUACCCCAAAACACCCGUGGUAAUGUGCUAUGUCCUUUGCCCCUACUCUCCACAUGACCCCCCUUCUCUCCCUCUUUUAACUUUCUUCAUAAAUACCCCUAUCACCUCCCCCAUCUCCUCUCCAUUCCACACUCCUUUCUCUCUUUCAACUUACCCUUUUGUUUUCCUUUGCUUCAAAUCCCAUAUCCUUCUCUUUUUCUUUUUCUUUUCUUUUUUCUCCUCUUAUUCUCUGCCCUUCCGAAAUGGCCAUUAGGAAAUCUAACAAACUAACUCAAGCAGCAGUUAUCAGGCAAAUUCUAAAGAGGUGUUCAAGCUUAGGCAAGAAACAUGGCUAUGACGAUGAUGGUCUACCUCUUGACGUACCAAAAGGGCACUUUGCUGUUUAUGUUGGUGAGAACAGAAGUAGAUACAUUGUCCCAAUCACAUUCUUGACUCAUCCUGAGUUUCAAUGUUUACUUCGACAAGCCGAAGAAGAGUUUGGAUUUGAUCAUGAUAUGGGCCUUACCAUUCCUUGUGAAGAAGUUGUUUUUCGCUCUCUAACAUCGUCACUUAGAUAAGAGAAGAGAAGGGCUGUGAAAAUCUUUGAUGGUGUUUGCAUAUGGAGAAAGAUGGCUUAAGAUGAAGCUACAACAGUGCUGGCUUCUCUUUUUUUUAACAUCUUCUCCAUAGUGAUUCUUGAUCUUGGUUUUUUUAUUUUUUCUUUUUCUUUUAUGUAUUGGCUUCCCUUUGAUGGGUUUUUAUGCCUGAUUACUAACACCUAGAAUCCCAAGAAAAAAAAAAUUGUUAAGGUUUUAGAUUUGUAUAAAGCUUUGUUUUCCUCACAGAUGUAGUUUAACACCACUGUGAGAGAAGUUUUUAAGGCAAUGCAAGAAUUAUAUGCCUAUUUAACUUUACAAA